AUGGCAUGUCAUUUGUCUGUCAGCAAGACCAUAAUUCAUAACUGGAUUAAGCAAGACAAACUAAGGCCUCAUACAAAUGCUAUCAAACCUGCCUUGACUGAGCUCAAUAAAUUAGCUAGGUUGAAAUGGUGUCUUACUCAACUUCAGCCAUCCAUAACUCAAGGAAAAGUUCAAUUUCAUGGCAUGCACAAUAUAGUCCAUAUUGAUGAAAAAUGGUUCUAUAUGACCAAGACAUCAGACAGGUAUUACCUCUUGCCGGAUGAAGAUGAGCCAUAUAGGUCAUGCAAGUCAAAGAGGUACAUCACCAAGGUGAUGUUCAUGUGUGUUGUUUCUAUGCCACAGUUUGACAGUGAGGGGCAGCCCACAUAUGAUGGUAAAGUGGGAAUAUUUCCCUUCACUGAAUCUGUUCCAGCUCAAAAUAAAUCAAAGAAUAGAGAUAGAGGGACCUUGGAAACAAAGCCAAUUAAAGCACUCAACAAGGAAGUGGUGAGGGGCUGCAUCAUCCACAAGAUCAUACCUGCAAUUAAGGCCAAGUGGCCUGAUUGGGCAAGUAAGGAGAUAUACAUACAGCAAGACAAUGCUACACCGCACAUAACUGCCAAAGAUCCAGAAUUUCAGGGCUAUACAGUCAUGCAGCAUGAGAAACCAUGCAGGAAUAUGGAUGAACUGGUGGAAAAUAUAUGCAAGGCUUAUGAAGAGCUGACACCACAAACCCUCAACAGAGUUUUCCUCUCCUUGCAGGCUUGCCUCACCCAGAUCCUACAAUUCAGAGAGGACAACAGCUACAAAGUUCCACACAUGAACAAGGAUAGGCUUGAAAGAACGGGGGACUACCCAAUGUGCUAG